CAGCCAAUCGGGUGACAGUAUUGACUGACAGUAGGAAUCUAUGGCUGCGAGCGUGAAUUCACCGGACGCGUUUGAAUAUCGUUGAAUUUAAACAAUGAUUUCUGGAUCAUCGCUGAUCAUUUUAUUUGCAGCUUUCUGCUUUGGUUUAUGUGAUGACGGCCAUGAAAUGGAAGAGUUUUUAAAGAGAGAGUAUUCACUGUCAAAGCCUUACCAGGGUGUGGGCGUCUCGGGUUCGUCUCACUGGGAACUGAUGGGAGACGCUCUGGUCACCACAGAUCAUGUGCGUCUCACUCCAGACCAGCAGAGCAAACAGGGAGCCAUAUGGAGCCGAAUACCAUGUCAUCUGAGGGAUUGGGAACUACAGGUUCAUUUUAAGAUUCACGGUCAAGGAAGGAAGAAUCUGAACGGUGACGGUCUGGCCGUGUGGUACACAAAGGAGCGCAUGCAGAAAGGUCCGGUGUUUGGAAACAGGGAUUUCUUCACUGGACUCGGUGUGUUUGUGGACACAUACCCCAAUGAGGAGAAACUUCUGGAGGCUCAGAGGAAGCGAUACACGCCACGCACUCAGCGGAUCUUCCCGUACGUGUUGGCCAUGGUGGGUAACGGCACCAUCAGCUACGAUCACGAUCGGGACGGGCGACCCACAGAACUGGGCGGCUGCAACGCCAUGGUGCGCAACCUGAAACACGACAGCUUCAUCUUCAUCAGAUACGUGCGCCGCAGGCUCACGAUCAUGCUGGAUAUCGACGGACAGCACGAGUGGAGAGACUGUCUGGACGUUCCCGGCGUUCGUCUGCCGCAGGGCUUCUACUUUGGAGCGUCAGCCGUCACUGGAGAUCUGUCAGAUAAUCAUGACCUGAUCUCCAUGAAGCUCUACCAGCUGACCGUCCUGCGCAGCAAACAGGAGGAUGAGGAGCAGGAGGAGAUCCUGGUUCCCAGUGUGGACAACAUGGACUUGCUGAGACCGUACACAGACGUGGAGGGCAUGAGCAGCAUCAGCAUCUUCUUCUGCGUCCUCUUCUCCAUGCUGGGUGUGUUUCUGCUGGCGGUGGUCGGACUCGUGCUGUACGGACACUGGAGCGAGAGUCGCCGCAAACGCUUCUACUGACACACUUCCUGUCUGAAUGUGAAUAACGUGAAGUGCUGGAGCAGCGAGCGUGUGAACGGGACGCUUUGAACUCUCGAUCUGUCGUCCAGAUUCAGCGCAGCAGCUGAUGAUGAUGAAGACCGUACAGCGUCAGGUGUCUCACGAGUCUCAGAUGUGAAUGUCUUUCUCAACCACCUCUGCUUCUGUAUUGCUGCACAGCCAGUGCUGUAUUUAUAUGUUUUAUAUUAUUAAUUUAUUUAUUGUACAGAAUGUCUAACAUCUUGUCAUCUGUCUAGAUUCAAAUGGGAAAUCUGAAGAGCCCAUGGGAUCAGAAUUAAAGUUUUGUUGUCCAUCUUA